CGCCGGUCUUCGUGUCUGCGCCAUCUUCACUCAGAUCUCCAGAGUUGUGAACGCGGGAAAUAUUGCUCACAGAUAUUCAUAAAAGAUGCGGAUGUGCUCAUCGAUGUGGCUGCAGGUGGCUUUGGGUCUGGCCAUGCUGGGUGCUGCGUCAUUGCAGCAACUGCAAUCGUUUCCCAAGCUCUGCGACGUCCAAAACUUUGACGAUUUCCUCCGGCAGACGGGCAAAGUUUACUCGGAUGAGGAGCGGGUCUAUCGUGAAAGUAUCUUUGCGGCCAAAAUGUCACUGAUUACGCUGAGCAACAAGAACGCCGAUAUUGGUGUCUCUGGAUUCAGACUGGGAGUCAAUACACUGGCCGAUAUGACCAAGAAGGAAGUUCAAACUUUGCUUGGUUCUAAAGUCUCCGAAUUUGGCGAGAGAUACACGAAUGGCCACAUCAACUUCUUGACCGCCAAGAGUCCGGCGAGCGCCAAUCUUCCGGAGAAGUUCGAUUGGCGCGAGAAGGGAGGAGUGACUCCGCCCGGAUUCCAGGGCGUGGGAUGUGGAUCCUGCUGGUCGUUCGCCACCACCGGAGCCCUCGAGGGCCACCUCUUCCGGCGGACGGGAGUGCUGGCCUCGCUGUCGCAGCAGGAUCUGGUGGACUGUGCCGACGACUACGGCAACAUGGGGUGCGACGGUGGCUUCCAGGAGUACGGAUUCGAGUACAUCCGCGAUCAUGGAAUAACGCUGGCCAACAAGUAUCCGUACACGCAAACGGAAAUGCAGUGCAAACAAAAUGAGACCGCAGGUCGUCCUCCGCGUGCCAGUCUGGUGAAGAUCCGUGAUUAUGCCACAAUCACGCCCGGAGAUGAGGAGAAGAUGAAGGAGGUGAUCGCCACCCUGGGUCCGUUGGCCUGUUCCAUCAACGCGGACACCAUUUCCUUCGAGCAGUACAGCGGCGGUAUCUACGAGGACGAGGAGUGCAACCAGGGCGAGGUGAACCACUCGGUCACCGUGGUGGGUUACGGAUCGGAGAACGGACGCGACUACUGGAUCAUCAAGAACUCGUACUCCCAGAAUUGGGGGGAGGGCGGCUUCAUGCGACUGCCCCGUAAUGCCGGCGGAUACUGCGGCAUCGCCAGCGAGUGCAGCUACCCGAUUCUGUAGGCAGAUGUCUAUAACACAAAACUAGAUAUAUUGUAUAGUCAAUUAGGAACCACGAAUUUAUAACUUUGUUACUAGUAGUGUCUAGCGAGCGGUCUAUGAGUCACCCACUUAAGAAAUAAAAAUGUGCCUUUAUCAGUG